GUCAAAUCGGACAGAGUAGUUGUUCCGCAUGUCCUGCUACCGAAAAUAGUGGAAGUUUUCCCAUAUUUUAGUGAAUUCGAAGCCAAUUGGGUGUUUUAAAACAGUUUAAAAUGGCUACGUUUGAUUUGACCGCAAAAAAUUGCCAGUAUCUGGACCGGCAUUUAACCUUUCCGCUCCUUGAGUUUCUUUUGCAGAAAAAGAUUUACGACCAAACAUCGCUCCUAGAGUUUAUCCUGGAAACAGUCAGUAAGACUAACAUGGUCGAUUAUACAAUGGACAUUCGAGAGCGCCUAAACUUGGGCAGUGAACUACCCGAAGAAUUAACCAAACGCAGGUCCAAUGUUUUGGUAAAAUUGAAGGAACUUCAGGCGGAGGUUGCUCCGCUUAUGAAGUGUAUGGAAGAAUUGAAAAAUCCAGAUACCAUGAAGGAUUCCAAAUCAAUCGUACAUGCUCUUCAACAGGAGUUUGAUUUUAAAUAUGACGUUAUCAAAAGUGCACAAAAACUGGCAAAGUAUCUGUACGAAUGCGGUAACUAUCGGGACUCGAUUUCUUAUCUGUACAUUUGCCUGUUAGUUAUGGAACCAACGGAUAAGAACUAUCUAAAUGUUUUAUGGGGCAAGUUAGCUGCUGAGAUUCUUACCCUGAACUGGGCAACGGCUCUCGAAGAUUUGACACGUUUGCGUGAUUUUAUCGACAACCAUAAUUUUUCGCCGAUCGAAGUGCUCCAACAGCGUACCUGGCUGAUCCACUGGAGUGUACUCGUCUUUUUUAAUCAUGCCAAGGGACGCGAUCUGAUUAUAGAAAUGUUUCUAUACAAGCAGCUCUAUUUGAAUGCAAUUCAGACAAUGUGUCCACAUAUAUUACGUUAUUUGGCCACUGCUGUCAUUAUCAAUAGAGGGAGAAGAAACGCUCUCAAGGAUCUAAUUAAGAUUAUUCAGCAGGAGUCGUACACUUAUCGCGAUCCGAUUACCGAGUUCCUGGAACAUCUAUAUGUGAACUUCGAUUUUGAAGGUGCCCGUAUGAAACUGCACGAAUGUCAAACAGUGAUUGUCAAUGAUUUUUUCAUUAUCGGCUGCCUACAGGAGUUUGUUGAAAACGCUCGACUGAUGAUCUUCGAGACAUUCUGUCGUAUCCAUCAGUGCAUUACGAUUGGAAUGCUGGCGGACAAGCUGAAUAUGGAACCGGCCGAAGCUGAAUGUUGGAUAGUCAAUCUUAUUCGUAAUGCCCGGUUAGAUGCAAAGAUCGAUUCUAAACUUGGACACGUUGUAAUGGGGACACAGCCUCUGUCUCCUUAUCAACAACUGGUGGAGAAAAUUGACUCGCUUUCAGUGCGUUCCGAAGCAUUGACGGUGUUAGUAGAACGUAAACAAAAAGCUAAAACGCAAGAAUCAGGCGAAGGCAAUUGGAAGUAUUAUUGAACAACUGCAUUAGGAAGAAAAAAUAUUUCGUUCGAAGGCGAAAAUUGCCUAUAAAAUCACCAACGAUAUAAGGGCAAAUGAACGAGUUCCAGAAAAUUAGCGUCUAUCAAUUUCACCAUAUUGUAACAAGCAAAGUAAUUUGAUAUCGAAAUAAAGAAAAUGAAGGCAAUUGAAUAGUAAAGUUAA